AUGCCUGCGUCAUCGCACAUCGACUCUCCCAUUCACCCAACAUUUCCUUGCAGAACCUCCGCUGCAUCUGUACAAUCUCCACUUACUCGCAUCAUAGAGGUACCCCACAGGCAAUUUGCUAUGCUUGACAGCCCCACCAUCAUACAACCCAGGCCAACGCAAUCCGACGACUACAUGACCUUUCUCGACAGUGAUUCAGACUCCUGCACAAACUCACCAUCAUCAUCGCCAAACAUCUCACCCAUAAUGUCACAGGAACAGUUCCCAUACUUUCUUAGCCUGGAUAACUUAGGAUUUGAGGAUGAUUGGACUCAAGGCUGGGACAAUCAAGAAGCAAGGGCCGUUGGUAUCACUAGUGAGCAGCCGAGGCUGCGCGAGGUAGGAGAGCUACCUGUCAUCCGUGAAGGAGACUUCAACUACAUUCCUGCCUCAGCUGGCGUCCGGACUCAGUGGAGAGACAAUGCGUCUGACAGGAGUUUGAGCUUGGCGAGAGAUCGGAUGGCAAAACGCGCUGACGAUGCGAAGUAUGGCUAUAAGAUGGCAUGGCUGAAAGUGUUGCUGAAGAAGCUUGGGCUGGGCGGCAGACGAGGACGCUGA